AUGGGUGUUGGACUCUCCACAAAUCUUCUGCUUUCCAAACUCAUUCAAGCACCAAACGCUCCGUUCGGCGUCAGAGUUAGUCCGGUCAGUGGUCAGACUCAGGCGUACAAUAUAGCUUGGAAUGACAACUCAGAGUGCGGGUCGCCCAGAUAUGUGGUGAGUCUGUACAACACACAGGGUCAAAUGGUCAAGGAACACGAGACCGCUCGUCGAGACAUGAUAAUCAACUUGGACGAUUCCUGUGAAAACCUUGAUGUCGGAAUCAAAGGAGUGAACGAGGCUGGUGCAAGCGAAGAGUCUUCAAGAAUCGCAUUGGUCAGACGUACGC